UGCCCGGUGCGUGCGGUCCCGCUCCCCGCGGACGGCAGCGCAGCGCCCGCGCCCCGCCGGGCUGCGGCCGGGCGGCGGGGGGAGCCGCUCCGCUCCGCUCCCCUCCCAGCCGUGCCGAGCCGUGCCGAGCCGAGCCCCCUGCCCUCGCCAUGCCCAGAGCCUUCCUGGUGAAGCGCCGGAGCCCGCAGCCGGCGGUGCGCAGCUGGGAUGGGCUGCCCGACGAGGAGCGAGCCGACACCUACAUCCCAGGCGGGAUCGGCUCCGUGCUGGGCUACGAGGACAGCUGCAGCCUGGAGAGCAGCGGGAGCAGCGGGACCCGCGACGUGGAGCCCAGCGAACCCCCGACGCCCCAGCCCGCCCCCGGAGCCUUGGGCCCGGCCGGGGGGAUGCUGCUGGACCUGGCCAUCAAGCGCCCCGUGGUCAGGUCGAAAAUCAAGUUCACCACCGGCACCUGUAACGAUGCUACAGUGCAUAGCUGCGAGCUGUGUGGCAAAGGCUUUCGCUUGCAGCGGAUGCUCAACCGUCACAUCAAGUGUCACAGCCAGGUGAAGAGGCACUUGUGCACCUUCUGCGGGAAAGGCUUCAAUGACACCUUUGAUCUGAAAAGACAUGUCCGGACCCAUACCGGAAUUCGCCCUUACAAAUGUGAGGUUUGCAACAAAGCCUUCACCCAGCGCUGUUCCCUGGAGUCCCACCUCAAGAAGAUUCACGGCGUGCAGCAGCAAUACGCCUACAAACAGAGGCGAGAUAAACUUUACGUGUGCGAAGACUGCGGCUACACAGGCCCCACACAGGAGGACCUGUACCUGCACGUUAGUAACGUUCACCCUGGAAGUGCUUUCCUGAAAAAAACCUCUAAAAAACUUGCAGCGGUUUUGCAAAACAAACUGAGCCCUGUCCUGCAGAGGGACUCCAAAGAUGACGACAAAGAUGAGUAACACAAUGGAUUACAGUGGUCUAAAGGAAUGAAGUUUACAUGUAGGACUAUAUAUAUAUAUAUUAUUUUUUUAAAAAACAUUUUGAACAAAAUCCCUGAAAUGAAAGGGAUGCUCUUGUUAAUGGGACUCUCUUGAUGUUGGUAGAAUCUCAACUUGAAAGAAAUAUUCCCGUAUACAAUGCAAACAUCAGAAUUUUAUCUGGCCAAAAGAAAUGGAAAGCUUGGAAGAAGCUGUCACCUCUUGGAUGGAGUACUUACCGGUCUGACGUUCAGCCAGCCUGUUUUCCGUUUCAGCUCCACCACGCUUCUGAGUGGCCGCUGACAAAUAAGUCCACCUUCCCCAGCGUAUUUUGUACCGAUAGUAACCGUUACCUCCCGCACAGAUUGCUUUUGAGAGGUUUGGGUGAAAAGUGCCGCGUAAGAUCAGCUACUAGGUACAUUGUUCUAUGCAAAACGAAUUAAAAUGGUCUUAAGAACAGGAGUACAUUGUAUCGGUAAAUAAGUUAAAACAUGCAAAUAGCCUGAGCUCUGCCCCCUGUGCAGUAGAAUAACGAUUUAUGGAAGCGUGAUCCAAGGUGAGCUGAAUUAUUUUUUUUAAAGGAUGCAGAACUUUAUCCUCCCAAACUUUCUCUACUAGCGAAUUACAUUAGUCCACAGCAGGCUUACGGUUGUGUUUUAGGUACUUUAAGCUGUGAACUUUUAUCAUGUUUAGAUUUAAGUGUAACCUUAACUCCUGGAUUUACCAAGAUCCUGGGCUUGUCACGCUCACUUUGGGGAUUAUUACCACAACACUUUAACAUACAUCAGUAUCAACUCAGAAACCCAAAGAAAACACUUGAGUGACUUGAAAAUACAUAUUUUCUGUCAUAGUGAAAUGCAGUUUUGUAUUUUAUGGGGUGUAUGUGUCUCUGUGUGUGUGUAUUUUUUUUCUUUUUAAUGAUCUGUUUACUAACACGACAGAGCAGUGCAAUGCAGUGAAAAGGGAGACGUGGCCCGUCUCUGCCUCAUGAGAUCAGAGCAAACCUCUAGGCACGAAUCUGGCUUCUCAUGGGUAACCGGUCAGUUUAGAAGGCUCCUAGUGAGACUGAUGCUGCGAGGGAAGGAGGUGGUGAUGAUGAUGAGGGACUGGUGCUACAUCUCUGUGCUUUUGGACUUGCCCUGUAGUCCUGCUCCAGCUCCUCUCGACAACCUGUCCCCUUGACAGGACAGCCAAGAGGCUAGCCUAUGGAGACUACAGAGUGUGAAUUUAGGGAUUUAACAAAAAGGGGAGAGGGAUGCCCGUACAACUCACGUUGCUGAAACCACCUGACACUUUUUAAGGCUCUUCAGAAGCUGCUGCCGCCUUUACUGGGCACCUGGGUAUCUUUAUUAGGAGCGACAGGGUGGGGUGGCAACUGCCUCAGCAACCACAAGCUACUCUGGUCCAAGUGUGUGUAAUUCAUCUGCCUCUUAACUUAAUGGACACAGCCGCUAAACAGGUUUUACAUCAAUUUAAAUAUGUAACAAGUAAUGGAUUUCAUUUGUAAAUGCCAAAAAUCCAUUUCAUGCUCAAAAUGAAGCUGUACAUUUGGGGAGGAUACGCUGUAUUCUACAUACAUUGAAACAACUGAAAAGUAACCCACCUAAAAUACCGCAUCCUAGCCAGGACCUUCACAGUCAUUACUACUAAAAUGACACUGAGCGUCUCUGCAAGAAGCAUCCAAAUCUUCUAAAUCUGCCUCAGUUUUGUACAGACAUCUGCUUGGGGUCUUGUGUGGAAGAGCUAGGGGUUUAAAAGCAUCUCUAAUUAUAUUAAUACUUAAUUCAGCACAACUGUUGGUGCUUGGUACCUUGAAAAUGAGGGUAAUAAAGUGAUGCCACUGUAUAAAGAACAAACUUGUCAUUCUAUGUAACGGGAAAGCUUGGACAAUACUUGAACAGACAUGAAGUUCAUGGGGAAAAAAAGCAUCUGAGGUUAAUUACAAAAGCCUUACUUGGCAAAAAGAGCUAAAGCUUGUAUGGCGAUCCCCGGUUCUUCAUUAUAACCGAGGAGUAUAAAUGGAAGGUGUUGCAAAUACAUGGACAAAAUUGCCGGGCUGAGAAAAGCUGGUUCAGCCAAUGGUGCUGGCAACACUCCUGCUCAGUGAGGGCUGUCAGCAAACUGAGCUGUUGAGCUCAGCUCCCAGGUGGGACUGUUCGGUGGGGGCCAUCUGAGCAAAGCCACCAGCGGUCACCUAGCUGGAACGGCUUCAUGUGCUCAGCUCUGCCGAAACCUCAGCCCUUAAACUGGAGCAGCAGAGGUGUGGCUGAAACCCUCCCUGUCUAGCUGGAGAGGCAUUUUGUGUGGCUAUGUGUGUGUGUUUGUGGGGUUUUUCUUCCCCCUCCUGGAGCACAUGCUACUUUUGAUUUCCCUCCAGCAUCACUGCCAAAGCACGUCCCUGCCAAAAGAACUACAGACACACUCAGGUGGGUCCAUCUAUGUGAUCUCAGUCAAACAAAACAUUCACAGCAACAGAGGAAAGCAGCAGGUAGCAGCACACGGAAGAAAAAACACAGCUGGAUGUUGUAGCUGGAGUAAUUGCCCUGAUUGGCUGGUUUUUCUGCAGAGGACAGAUACUGCCUGUAGCAGAUGCUGUGGGCAUGUGAAUUUAACAGUCUGGCAAGUUAGUUUAAACUGGUCACAAAGCGGGUUUCAGUUUGCAUGACACCAGCAAUGGCCAUCUGCCAGUUCUGUUACGGGACAAAACUGGCACCAGCUUGUGCCUCUACAGAAGUGUUGCAGUGCUCACACAGCAAUGCCCGAGGCAGCCAGACUUUCAGAAGUGCUAAACGCGAGGAACUUCCACUGCUACCGUCUCUGAAGGCUGUCUGCCUUCUCCUGGCUCUCUGACAUACAGACUCACCCAGGACUUUAAGAUAGGUUUACAAACUGACAUUGCCAGUAAGCUGGCAGCCUUCCUCAGAAACAAGGCUUUUGUUAAACAAAUAAACACAGGUGAAACCAACAGUUGCCCGCACUGCCCAGGCUCCAGACUUGUCCUUAUUUAUUGGGAGGUGGGAUGAGGCUGAAAUCUUACAUAGUUCAGAGACACCUAAUGGCUGUAUGAUGCACUGAUGAGGGCGACAAUCCUACCCAAACAUUGCCCAACUGUUCCACAC